GUUUAUAACAAUCUCUAAAAACCAUAGCAACUGUUUUGUAAUAUUCGAUAUCUAGUCUAUUAUUAUCGAUGCAUCACUAUUGGUCCAUGAGUUGAUAUUCAUUUAGACGAUAAACAGCGCAGGCGUAAGUCGACAUGUCCGCGAGCGCGGGAAUUACGUGGUGGCAAUGGUUGGUGCAUACCAACGACGUGAAACAACUGUGGGCGGCGCAACCGACGUAUCUGAUUUCACAGGCCGUUUACUUACUAGCCGGUCUGCUGACAUUAAUACAUGCUUUCAGAAAAGGUGGUAGAUGGCCGUAUUUCUGGCUAGGAACCGUACUGCACGGGCUCUAUGCGGACAAUUUUUGGCACUUCGUUCUGCCGGAAUAUGACAAUUUCUGGCAUUCGCAAACACCCAUCAUAUUCCUCGGCGCUCGAACGCCACUUCAUAUAAUAUUCGUGUACCCAGCAUUCAUAUACCACGCCGCUUACGCAAUCUCGAGACUGAAUCUACCAAGAUACGCGGAGCCAUUCGCCGUCGGUUUGGUCACCGUCCUCAUCGACAUCCCAUACGAUAUCGUAGCUGUUAAGUUCGUGCACUGGACAUGGCAUGAUACGGACCCAAACAUCUUCGACCGCCAUUACUGGGUGCCCUGGAACUCAUACUAUUUCCACGCAACAUUCGCAGCUAGUUUCUUCUUCUUUUUCAACGCUAGCAGACGGUGGCUCGCACCAAAAGUUGCGCAGUGGGAAUCGGCUGGGAAAUCAGUGGAGUGGAAAUCUGUCCUUAUCGCCUCCCUGUUGGGCAUGCCAGGCGGCGUGUUAAUGUUCGUGCCACUUUAUCAUCCACUACACGAUGUGUUGGGCAUCCACUCGGAAGUCACAUUUUUCCUUCUCUUCUCUAUAUUCAGCGUGUUCGUCUUACAUGGCCUGCUAUCUGAUAGAGAAAAAUCCAAGUCAAGAUUAACUACUAUUGACUACGUGCUUAUUCUACAACUAGUCAUCCACUAUGUGAUUUAUUGGGUGUUCGUGGUAUUUUUCCACCCAGAGCGCGAGUGGUCACUAGGAUUACAUGAACCGGUCGGCCCUUGCAAUGAAGUAGCCACACUCACCACACCUUUUGGUCAAACUCUACUGAAGCGCAAAUACUUCUGCCCCGAUAAUUACGACGAGGGUUACUUCAGUUUCCAUUGCGUUGGCGGGCAGAAACCCGCUAAUGGACUGAGUUGGUACGUCGUGUGCGGUACUCCGUUUGCAAACCGAGCAGAAUAUAUAACUUUACUAUCAACAAUACUGAUAGUGGCAUUUGGAGUGUUCUAUGGACUGUACUUCAAGACCCAACCAUCACCGUCGAAUAAAAAAUUUAAAACUAAAUAAACAGAAGCCGAAGCAGAAUUUUUUUUAAAUGAAAGAUACUGAAAAUAUUUUUAUUGUUGUAAAAAAUAUUAAAUCAAUUUAUAAAGACA